GAGACGAAAAGACUGCCUUACCUCUAAUAGAAAGAGAGUAAGAGAGUGAGAGUGUGAGAGAGAGAGAGAGACAAAGAGAGAGAGACAGAGAGAAACAGAGAGAAAAGCCAAAAAGGAGGGGGGCUCUGUAGAAAAACAGACUAAGGGGCUGCUGUGGUAGAGGUGACAGAGUCGGUGUUAAGACUAUGACAGAGCUGGAGGAAACAUGUUCAGGUGUUUAGCUUUUAUCAAUGGACUCCAGACAAAAAAGGUAACAAAGUCUGCCUCUGUAGCGUAUGAAUGAACUAAACGGCGGAAACCCUUGAUAAAGUUUGGACACCUAUACAUACGGUGCUCAUUAGGGACACGGUUACUGAAGAGGAACUUUAGAGUUCGGGCUACCUGCUGAUUCUCCGGUGAAUGAGCACGUCACGUAUUGGUAGGCUUCAAAACAACAUCCCCUGCAGGGGAAACCUCUCUGACAGAAGAUCGUGAGGAGGAGAGAGAGAGAGAGAGGGGGGGGGGGGGGGGACAAGAGAAAAAUAUCCAUGGAUUUUGUCAUGACUUUAUUCACAGAAGAGCCUUAAAUCAAACCUUCACGAGGCAAGGGAUUUAAAGGAGGAAAGAGCGAGAGAGAGAGAGAGAGAAAGAGAGAAAGAGAGAGAGAGAGAGUGGUGGAGAUCAACGUAUUUAUCUGAGACCAUUCUUGUAAGGGUGCUACAGACUGCAGUAUGAUUCUCCCUGUGGUUUUUCCUCUGGUGCUGCUGCUGGUCUGCGGGCCGGGCUCCACACUGCAGGCGGAGGCCGAGGAGUUGGAGAGCAUAGGUGAGGUUCUGGAGCGGGAGUUCCUCUUCGCCGGACGCACCAAGCGUGCUGCGUCAGCGGACGCCUCCUCGCAAGUAGACAAGUGCUCCUACACUUUUAUCGUCCCCCAGCAGAAGCAAACCGGCGCCAUCUGCGUUAACUCCAAGGAGCCCGACAGCCUCCUAGAGAACCGGGUCAACAAACAGGAGCUGGAGCUACUGAACGGCGAGCUUCAGAAGCAGCGGCGACAGAUGGAGUCGCUGCAGCAGCUGGUGGAGGUGGACGGCGGCAUCGUCAACGAGGUCAAGCUCCUGCGCAAGGAGAGCCGCAACAUGAACGCUCGCGUCACGCAACUCUACAUGCAGCUGCUACACGAGAUCAUCCGCAAACGCGACAACGCCCUGGAGGUGUCUCAGCUGGAGAACCGCGUGCUCAACCACACCUCUGAGAUGGGUCGGCUGGCUUCGCGCUACCGUGACCUGGAGCACAAGUACCAGCACUUAUCCGCCCUCGCCGGCAACCAGAGCGCCAUCAUCGUGCAGUUGGAGCAGCAUUGCCGCCGAGGGGGCCACUCGUACGGGGGAGAGAGAGAAAGGUCUCGUCCUGUUCGCCCUCAGCCCCCCGUGUUGCCACAGCAACCUACGCAGCAGAGGCCGGUAGCGCCACCAGUGGCCAGUAAACCCUACCAUCCACCCACAUACACCCGCAGCAACCAGAUCACCAAUGAAAUCCAGAGCGACCAGAACUCCAAAGCGUUGCCACCUCCGCUGCCCACCAUGCCCAGUGGCACUCACCAGCCAUCCACAACAAACAAGCCCUCAGGGCCUUUCAAGGACUGCCUUGCUGCUCUAGAGGAGGGUCACGCCACCAGUGGCAUGUACCUGGUCAAGCCUGAGAACGCCAACCGGUUGAUGCAGGUGUGGUGUGACCAGAGGCACGACCCCGGCGGCUGGACAGUCAUUCAGAGACGCCAGGACGGCUCCGUCAACUUCUUCAGGAACUGGGACACCUACAAGCAAGGAUUUGGUAACAUUGACAGUGAAUACUGGCUGGGUCUUGAAAACAUCUACUGGCUGACCAACCAGGGCAACUACAAGCUUCUGGUGAUGCUGGAGGACUGGUCCGGUCGCAAGACCUUUGCCGAGUACGCCAGCUUCCGUAUUGAGGCAGAGGCAGACUUCUACAAACUAAGAGUGGGUCGCUACCAUGGCAACGCCGGGGACUCCCUCACAUGGCACAACGGCAAGCAGUUCACCACGCUGGACAGGGACCACGACGUGUAUACAGGUAACUGUGCCCAUUACCAGAAGGGUGGCUGGUGGUAUAACGCCUGUGCCCACUCCAACCUGAACGGCGUGUGGUACCGGGGCGGGCACUACCGCAGCCGAUACCAGGACGGCGUCUACUGGGCCGAGUUCCGCGGGGGCGCUUACUCCCUGAAGAAAGUGUCCAUGAUGAUCCGACCCAACCCAAACACCUUCCACUAAGACCACAGUUUUUCGAAGAGCGAGAGAACCAACCGCAGGAAAACCUUGUUUUUUUUUUUCAUUUUUGUAAACGGGCAUUUUCUCCAACUUGACCUCUGUCCUGAGGUGCAAUUCAUUUCAGCUUCUGUCUUGGCUUUUUGUUUUCUUCUGAUUCCUUUAAAUCGCUUUUACAUUCAUAAAUAUAUAGAUAUAGCAUACAAGUGCAACGGCUGUCUUGUGUAUGGCUCACAGGGACAGGGUGGUGUUUCCCCCCCCCCCCCACAGGUUUCAAAGCCCUCUUUACAGUGAUUCCUCCAGCGUUCUUUGGAGGGCACAGGGCCACAUGGUUUACCUUCUCGGAAGAACUACCAGGGUAGUCAAGUUCCCUCUGAGGAGCCUGCAAAAACAAUUGCAACUACAAAGACAGGCCCUGUGCCUUUCGGACACAGACUUUGCACAUAUGCUUGCAUGAAUGCAGAAGUGAUGUUGCAGCUUUUUGCUGUGUUGUUCUACAGUUGCUGACCAAUGAACCCAAGAGAGAAGUUUGUAUUACAGGUUUUUUGUUUUUGUCAUUGGUUGUGGGGGGGGGGGGGGGGGGGGGGGGAAAGGGGGGGGGAAUAUUUUUGGGGGGUGUUUAUUGUGGUUGUUAAAUAUACAUACAGCACAUCUCCAUAAAGUUCAUAUUUGACCGUUUUUCGAGUCACUACUGUUAUCUGGCUGUUAUGCAAUAUUAGUAAUGAUGCUUUAAGUUUUUUUUUUUUUUUUUUUCACUUUGAGGAAACAUGACACAGGAAUUCAUAUCUGGUGAUCCUGUCCAAAAACACUCACUGGGGAGAAAAAAAAAUGGUAUAUAGUUUGUUUUCUUUCUUAACAUUUUAAGAAUGUGUACAGGAAGUGACCCCAACUAUUUUGAAAGAGGCAUCUUUCCCUGCAGUAACAAGUGUCUAUAUUUUGGCCAAACUACUGAGCCAACAAAGAAGCUCAUCCAUUUCCACAGCAGAGCAGAGAUUCGUGGCAACUUCAGCUUUUGCUCUGCUCAGCUACUGUGAGGAAUUUCCUGUAAGGGAGGAGUGGCUGGCCGAGCGAGUGUCAUGGGGUUUGAAGGGGAGGAUGGAGAGGAUGGAGAGAAAGGGGAGGAUGGGGGGAUGAUAAGGAUGGAGCGAAAGGGGAGAAAAGGGAGGAUGCGUGGAAAGGAGUCUUCAUCGCUGUGUCCUAAUGAACCAUUAGGGAGAAUGAGGUCAACCAAAUCGAUCUGACCUCCCUCCAGAGGUGUGUUGACACUGCGGAUGCAUCACAGAGAGCCUCCUAACUUACUGUUUUACCAGAAGGAGGGCAAGGGAAGACCUGAAGCUGAAAGGUGAUGGUAGGCUUUCGAAAGGGCCAGUAUGCCAUCAAAAUAUAUGUUCAGUGAGCAUACCUUUUUUAAAGUGAGAUUACGGCCCCCACCAGUUACAUAACUAACCACCGUCCAAAACGACCCCCGACUCAUCCCAGUUAACCGCUCACAAUCCUUAUAAUCUCCUUUCAUGCAGUCCGAGCUUUAAGGCAAGAUGGAAGAUUGUAGAAAGAACAACGUUGCAGCUUCAAUGAUUCAGAUGGGCGAUCUAACGAGGCCACUUGCUCUGAGCAUUUUGCCAAACCAGAAGUCAAAUAAGGUUAUAUGGUGUCCUGUUUCACACACACACGCCUGUAGUGUGUAACCUGUACAGUGUGUAACCUGUAGUGUGUAACCUGUACAGUGUGUAACCUGUACAGCGUGUAACCUGUACAGCGUGUAACCUGUACAGCGUGUAACCUGUACAGCGUGUAACCUGUACAGCGUGUAACCUGUACAGCGUGUAACCUGUACAGCGUGUAACCUGCACAGCGUGUAACCUGCACAGCGUGUGGAGUGAAAUGGAAAUGUGUUUUUUUGCGUAUCCUACUCCCCCUGACCCCUGCCAUUAUUGACGGGGACCCUGGAGCAAAUAACUUUCAAGUUUUUAAUGUCACGUGCACAAGUACAGUGAAAUGUCUUUCUUGCAAGCUCUAAACCCAACAAUGCAAAAAUCAAUAUUACAGCUACUGGCCCAACGCUCUAACCACUAGUCUACCUGCUAUCACAACGAGACCAAGUGUGUCUAACUCGAUUAUUACAAAUCCCUUUCGGGUGAGAUCUUAAUCUCACUUCAGUUCCCUGUAGUGUUCACACAACGUCAGACAAGAGGUUCACUGUAGUGUUCACACAACAUCAGACAAGAGGUUCCCUGUAGUGUUCACACAACGUCAUGUCAAUAAUUCAGUCCUCUCUGUACAUAAGUCAUCCUCAUUAAGGUUAUUCUUGUAAGGUAUCAAUCUGCUCUGUAUCAACUAGAGCAUUCAGGGCUCAAACCACCCAGUGUAUAAUCAACUAGAGCAUUCAGUGCUCAAACCACCCAGUGUAUAAUCAACUAGAGCAUUCAGUGCUCAAACCACCCAGUGUAUAAUAAACUAGAGCAUUCAGAGCUCGAACCACCCAGUGUAUAAUAAACUAGAGCAUUCAGAGGUCGAACCACCCAAUGCAUAAUAAACUAGAGCAUUCAGAGCUCGAACCACCCAGUGUAUAAUCAACUAGAGCAUUCAGAGCUCAAACCACCCAGUGUAUAAUCAACUAGAGCAUUCAGAGCUCGAACCACCCAGUGCAUAAUAAACUAUGUCCAGUCACUUUGGUGUUUUCUUUUGGACAGCUGUGGAGGUGAAUGAACUGAUACAGCACCCAGAUAGAAACUGGGUCAGAUAACAGAGGUUUUGUCAAAGCAUUAAACGUGAGAACGUGAAGAACGAACACAGACAAACAGGCUACGGAUACAAGCAUUCCAUUAAACAAAACAACAAUAA